UGUCCUUUGUGAAUUUACUAAGAACUGUUAAGAAUACGUAAAGAACGUUCUUUUAAACUGAUUAGUAAACAUGAGCAAUAUGUAAGAGCAAAUAUUCACGAUAACAAAUAGAUAAAGUCACUGUAGCGAUUUAUGGCAUGUAUUUAAAGAGAGAGAUCUCUAUAUUUUUGAUAAAAAAUCUAUGAUCAAAUGUUCGUCGUAUGAUCUAUCACUUAAAUCGACAGUAAUUAUAUGGCGAAUGAAUUUUUUUUUUUUUUUUUUUUUUUUUUUUUGGAUAUUUAUUAUGUUCGUAUUAAGUAAAGGUUGAUAUAAAGGUUUUGUCCUCUGAUAUUUGCGACGAUUUAAUUGGAAAACAGCCUUUUAAAAUUCUAGCGGGAAAAUGUAGCGGGAACAUUUGCAAGAUGGUGGAAAAUUAUCUGUGCGGGUAUUAGUUUUUGUAGAAAAAAGUCAAAAAAUGUAUAUAUUUUUUAAUAAGUUCUAAAGUUAUAAAUAUUUCUAAAUAAUGUACAUAUUUUUUUUUUGAAGUAUUCGUUUUAUAUUAAUACGUAUAAUGAAUGUGAUACAUAUGCUUAAUAAUACUUUUAAAUAAGAACAUUGAAAGAAGUCGUUUAAAUAAUAAUUAAUUAUUAAAAUUAGUUAAUUUUAAAUCACACACAUAAUGGAUUUUGCUUUGAAACAUUGUACGAUUAAAAAUGAAAUAAAAACUUUAAAGGCAUUUUAUCCACAUGAUUUGCAAGUAUAUGAUGUUCCACCUUCAGGUGAAAUAUCUUUAAUUGAAUUUCAAGAGUUAAGCCUCGAUAGGUUAAAAGUCCUUCGUUUGGUUGAAAAUAUUUCUUUAAGAAAUGACCUUAAAACGAUAGAAGUACGUAAAGAAAAUUUAAGGGAUAGUUUGAAAAGGGAUGGUCUUAAAUAUUAUGUAAAUUUGAUUUAUGGAAAUGGUUGCAAGUCUGAUAUAGAAACUGAUCUUCAAGCCAGAAGAAAAGAUAAUAUAUCACAUUAUAUUUUGAGACUGGCAUAUUGCAAGGACAAAGAUCAGGCAAAAUGGUUUAUGAAUCAAGAAAUAGAAUUAUUCAAAAUGAGAUUCUCUUCUUUGGACAAAGAAGGUGUUGACCAGUUUCUAACUAUGCAUAAGCUCGAUUGCAAACAUAUAUCUUAUGAAGAAAAAGAAAGAAUUCGAGAAGACCUUCAAACAUCUACUUUCAAAGUUACAAAUAUAGACACAAUUGAUUUCUAUAAAGUACCAUUUCAAAAAGUAAUUGAUCUUGUUAGAGCACGUAAAGUAUAUCUUGAAGAUGGAAUGGCAUAUGUUCCACGAAACGAUCUGAUUUCAUUGUGUGUUUCAUACUUCAGACAAAAACUAAUUUUAGGAAUAGAGGACGCAAAAGAAUGUCUUUUAAAUGCCUCCGAUGAUGAACGAGUGAUAAACUAUAUUAAUGCCCUACCUGGUACCUUUUCUGGAAUGGCUAGAGUAGUUUGGUCAACUACAAAUACUCCAAUUGAAAAAAUAGAGAAAUUAUCAAAAACAUCUUAUCCAUUAUGCAUGAGAUCUCUUCAUGAAGCAUUACAUGUCAAUCAUCAUUUAAAGAAUUCUGGACGUAUUCAGUAUGGUCUAUUUCUUAAAGGAAUAGGUGUUUCUUUAGAGGACGCAUUGCAGUUUUGGAGGGAAGCAUUUUCCCAAAAAAUAGAUUCAGAUAAAUUUGAAAAGCAAUAUGCAUACAGUAUUAGACAUAUAUAUGGAAAAGAGGGAAAGCAAACAAAUUAUACACCACUCGGUUGUAAUAAAAUAAUAAGUAAUUCCAUUGGUCCUGGAGAAUAUCAUGGUUGUCCAUAUAGGCAUAUGGAUCAGAAUUCUUUAAAACAAAAGCUAUCUGCUUAUGGCAUCUUCGAUUUAGGAAGAAUCAUUAUUAUAGAUACAAAAGAAAUAAUCGAAUUAGCAAAAGAAGGACAUUAUUCAUUGGCAUGUACAAGAUAUUUUCAGACAUUACAUAAGCAAUUACCAGAACAACCAAUUAUUCACCCAAAUGGAUAUUUUGCUGAAAGUCGCAAAAUAAUGAAUAAAGCUAAUGAUAUUGCAGAUGCUGAUAUGGAUAGUUCAUUGCAAGUAGCAAAUAUAAAGCCAGAAAGAUUGACGAUUACUCCAAGAAGAAACGAAAUAGGUAAUCUUACACCUUCCAGAAUCAACGAGCAAUUUUCUACACCAUCUAGAAGAACAGAAAAGAUACAUACAACCCCAUUAAGAACUAUUCACAAAACUAAACCGAUAAAUAUUGAAAAGUUAUUAAAUGAUGAUGAAAUUGCAGAAUUAAUGGAUGAUUAAAUUCAUUAAGAUUAUGAUUAUUCUUAUAAUGUUUUUUCUACAUCUUGUUCGUAUGCAAAAUAAAUAAUUAUUUUUAUUAUA